UGUGGAGGUGGAAGGAGCCGUCACGGUGAACUUCGGCAAGGUCAUGGAGCGCCUUCGCAAGCUGAGGGCGGGCAUCUCUCAUCACGACAGCGCCAAGCGCUUCACGAGCCUGGGCAUCGACGUCUACAUCGGCCACGGAGAGUUCUCCUCACCCAACACCGUACAGGUGAACGGCAAGACCCUCAAGUUCAAGUCCGCCGUCGUCGCCACUGGAGGGUCGGCCGCGCUGCCGCCUAUCCCGGGUCUCAAGGAAGCCCCCUACCUCACCAACGCCUCUGUCUUCAACCUCACCGCCCUACCCAGAAGGCUGGUGGUGAUCGGAGGAGGCCCUAUCGGUCUCGAGCUGGCCCAGGCGAUGCAGCGCUUCGGGUCGGAGGUCACCGUGCUCAUCCGCUCCGGAGCUAUCAUGCCCAAGGAGGAUGACGACGCCAGGGCGAUCGUUCUAGAGUCCCUCCUCAAGGACGGCCUGAAUCUCCAGUUCCACCUCAAGUUCCUCCGCGUGGAGCACGAGAGUCCCAAGGAGGAGGGAGACUUCCCCCUCGUCAAGAUCUUCGUAGAGCAGGACGGCCAGGAGAAGGACGACCAGGAGCAGGUGUUCGAGUGCGAAGCCCUCCUGGUGGCCACCGGGCGGAAGCCCAACGUGGGCAACGUGGGCCUGGAGAAGGCGGGGGUGGAGAUCAACCCCAAGGACGGCGUUAAGGUCAACGACCAGCUGCAGACCACUAACAAGGGCGUCAUGUGUCUGUGGCGGGUGCCGCUCUCUCUGGUUGUCCUCGUCUCGACGUUGUUGUAG